CUCCUUGCUUCUGGUUAAAAGUGACUUCCAGAGGGUAGUCAUCUGAAUUAUCUCUGGGAAGAAUUUUAAUUUUAUAAAUUUUUGUUAUCAGGGAAUUUGAAAUCCAUAUAAUAUCUAUCCUGGACCAGCUCUGGUGUCUAUCCGAAUAAAACAUAUAAUCAAUAUUAUCAGGGUUGUGUACUUUCCAAGCAUCUUGUAGAUCAAAUUCUUCUUUCAUAUUAAAGAAUAUUUUAGGGAGAUAACUGAUUCCUUCAUUUUUGGAUUUUUAACCUUCCUUCUUUUGUCUUCUGCCAACCUAGCAGUUAAAAAACAUGCCAAUGUGAGUAGAUCAAUAGGCACCGUUCCGGCAGGAAGGUAAUGGUGCUCCAUGCAGCUCCAUGUACUCUCACUCUGUGAAGACUGUUUGUUGAUCGCAGGCCUGUAGCCAGAAUUUUGUUUUGGGAGGGGCUGGAAUUUUGUUUCGGGGGGGGGGGGCUGAGUCUGAGCAGGAGAGGGUCUACCCUAGCAAACCUUUGGUAUUGUUAUCCCAAUAUCCCCAUGCAUAUGGGAUAUAUUGAGCAUGGCGAUCAGAUCAUGAUAUGAAUAAACAUAACAGUUUAAACCAUAAAUGUAAGGCCUUCUCGCGGACCAGCCUGAGAAUUUCAGGGGGGGGGGGCUGAAGCUCCUCAAGCCCCCCCCCCUUCCCGGCUACAUGCCUGGUUGAUCGGCUGUGUACUGACCUCCACAUAUUUAAAGAAACUCACACACAGGCAUCUUCCAAGAACUUGGAAGGCCAUCAUACUCGGACAACGAGGGAUCGCCUAACUAAGUAAGAGAGCAGUGAUGCAACAAAUCACAAACAUUCAUCAGAAACCACUUUCUUGCAUCUAUACUGCUUUAAACAGAACUGCUUUGAUUAGAUAAGACUGUUCAACCUACCUCAACUCACUGCUUUGAUUAGACAGACCCUUCAACCCACUGACCACAAUAGGACUGAUUCCUGAAAAGGGAUGAGUAAUCUUGUUUAUUUAUUUAUUUACAGUAUUUAUAUUCCACCCUUCUCACCCUGAAGGGGACUCAGGGCGGAUCGCAUUAUGUACAUAUAGGGCAAACAUUCAAUGCACAUAAACACAUUGAACCGAGACAGAGACAACAGACAGACAGACGCAGAGGCAAUUUAACCUUCUCCUGAGGGGAUGUUCGAUUCUGGCCACAGGGAGGAGCAGCUGCUUCAUCAUCCACUCUGAUGGCACUUCCUCACUUCCUCAUUCCAACGUUGUAAAUUAGUUAAACUUGCCUCCCCACUUUUUAUAAGUGGUACCUUAUUUCCUACUUGAUAGAUGCAAGUAUCUUUCGGGUUGCUAGGUCAGCAACAAGCAGGGGCUAUAUUUUAUUUUUAAUUGACGGGUGCUCACCCCGCCACGGGCUGGCCUCGAACUCAUGACCUCAUGCUCAGAGUGAUUUAUUGCAGCAGCUGUUUACCAGCCUGCGCCACAGCCCUUGUUCUACUCUACCUCCAAAUCUGUGGGAAAGCUGCACUUAUUUCCAUAGGGCUUAGGGAUGAAAAGACAUAUUUAAUGGAAAUAUUUCUACUUGAAUACGUCUGUCUGCUACUCUGAACAAUCCCCAUUAUUAUUUAAUUAUUUAUUUAAUUUGGAAGCUAAACAGGUUUGGUCUUACUCAGUACCUGGAUGAAAGACCAUCAGAAAUACCAGGAAUCUUAUCUGAAGCUUUGCAAAUGAAAUAAACUUAACAACACUGGAUUAGAUAAAGCAAUGGCUCAGCUCAGUACCAGCCAGCAUCUUAUGUUCACAUGUUUAAUACAUUAAUUUAGCAUUGAUUUUACUGAGAAGUGAAAAGCUUUUGAAAACUGACUUAACAAACUUCUGUUGUAGACCAUUGAAGCUUUUUCAUUAUCCAAUAAAUUUAAAGUCCUUGAGACAUGGCCCCCACAUCCUGAAACUGACCAAGAUCUUUGGUGGGGGGGCCCUACUCAUCACUAAGGUUAAGGGCAGCAAGAUGCUUGAUAGGAUUUAAGAUAAAAUAGGUCAGUUUGAACAAUGACACAAAAGUCAUAUAUCUAUCUAUCUAUCUAUCUAUCUAUCUAUCUAUCUAUCUAUCUAUCUAUCUAUCUAUCUAUCUGUGGAUUUAUUUAUUAAAAACCUACAAUAAUAUUCAAUAUUACCUGAAAGUGUAUAUUCUAGCUUUUGUCAACACCAGUUUUUCAAUAACUUCAGUAAAAUCAACCAACUAAAUCAUCAUUUUUUUAAAUUGAAAAGUAAUAAAAAUUAGAAAAAAUAAAGACAUACCAAAAAACAGAUUUUCAUAAUAAAAGCCGCCCCGAGUCCCCGUUGGGGAGAUGGUGGCGGGGUAUAAAUAAAUAUUAUUAUUAUUAUUAUUAUUAUUAUUAUUAUUAUUAUUAUUAUUAUUAUUAUAUAUAACACUAAAACUACUACAGCUAACAAAACUAAAUCUAAAACAGACACCAUAACCUAAGACGUACCAACACUAAUAAACAUAUAACUAAAGAUACAACUACUAAAACUAUUCUACGAACCUCACCUGAUGAUUUUAGCCCUUCUUUUUCUGCUUCCUUUCAAUAACACUAAACAACAACACUUCUUCUUUUAAUAGCAUUCCUCUAAUUUAAAACAGCAAUAAUAUGCAUUCACAUUCUUGUGGCAACAAGUCAGAUCAUAUUGCACUUUGUUCCAGUCCGUAAACAAUACGGUGUUUCUUAUCACUUCAACUUAGUUUCCUUCACUAAAGGCCUGUCUAAACAGGAAAGUUUUAAAUUGGCUCUUGAUAGAAGAAAGGGAGGGUGCUGUUUUAAUAUCUUUUGGGAGGGUGUUCCACAGGGUCGGGGCGGCCCUACCUUUUGUUUACAUCUUCUGAAGGAAGAGUUUUUAUAAAUAUUAACAAAUAAAUGUUUGAAGUUUUAUGGUAUUGCUUAUAUGAUUUUGCUGGAAUUUCUGAAAAAUACAUCCUCUGAUUUUGGUAGCACACUAUUAAUCAACUCCUAUGAAUAUCUGUAUUUUAAUCUGCAUUUAUAUACAGUAUGUAUCUAUUGAUAGGGUUGUUGUAUGUCUUUCGGGCUGUGUGGCCAUGUCCCAGAAGCAUUCUCUCCUGACGUUUUGCCCACAUCUAUGGCAGGCAUCCUCAGAGGUUGUGAGGUAUGGAUGAUACCCUCUAUCGAUACCUUUCUGAAGUUCUCCUCAAUAAAGUCUAGCAAGAAAAUGACUUCAAUCUUUUCUGCAUUUUAAUUACAAGACUAAAAAGGCUCUUUUAGAUCCUUGCCUUAAGUGUUCUGUUAGAAUACAGUUGAUCUUGUAGAUUACCUCUAGAAAUCUGCCUUCUGCCCCUCAAAUUCUCCAUCCACAACCCACUUCUUCCUGUAGCUGUCUGAACAACUGUUUUAAGACCAUGUCCUUUCACAUCCAUCUCCUGAUAUUACCCCUGCCCCAUUGGCUUCUAUUGAUAAUCUUCCAAGCUCCGCCCCCAUUCCAAUGGAAACCCCAUUGACUGUUGCUAUGGACACAACCUUUCUCAAUCAUAUAUACAACUUCCUUUCAGAUUUCUUCUAGGCCCAGCAGCAGGUCUGAGGGAUUUUCUGGUUCAACCUGAGAAGGCAGUGUCGAGUCCUCUACAGGAAGCUCUCCUGGGGAAAAUGGUGAACAGUUCUGCUUGGCUGCCAUUGCUGAUAUUAUGGAAUGUGCCAAGGGAAGCAGAAUGUCUGAAACCACCCCAGAGUGCUAAGUAUGCUUCGUAUGAGGUGACUAUCCCAAGGAGAGUGAUGCCAAGACACGGUCAAGCGACUCCAGAGGUCACCUACCAUUUGCAGAUUGAGGGAAAGGGGCACAUGAUGCACCUAAGGGAAAAGAGGGGCUAUGUUCCUCAGAACUUUCCAGUCUUCAGCUACUCCAAGCAAGGAGAACUCCAGGUAGACUAUCCAUUUAUUAGGAGGAACUGUUUCUACCAGGGUUAUAUAGAGGGAAAGCCCUCUUCAUUGGUCACUGUAAGCACUUGCUCCGGGGGAUUUAGAGGUCUAUUUCAAUUAGAAAAUAAAACAUAUGAGAUUGAACCUGUCCAGGCAUCUCCUACUUUUCAACACAUAGUGUAUCGGCUGGAAGAAAAGGAGAUUGAUAGCAAUGUGAAGUGUGGACUAACAGAGGAAGAACAAAAUCGUCAAAUGGCCAUGCUACGGAACUCGGGCAAUCUUGCCAACAAAAGUAUUUCUGGAAGAAGCUGGUGGAUGGAUGUUAGGUAUGUGGAGAUUGCAAUUGUGGUAGAAUACGACCGAUAUGUGGAUUUAGAGAGAAAUGAAACUUUAAUUUCUCUACUAUUUCUGGAUCUUGUCCAUGGAGUAAAUUCAAGGUUUGAUCCGCUUUCUGUUCAGUUGACUUUAAUUGGACUGGAAAUAUGGUCACAGAGGAAUCUCAUAAGAAUUACCGACAACAUAGGACAGACACUUACAACUUUCAGUCUUUGGAGAAGAGAUGCACUACUUCUACACCUAGAGAAUGACGUUGCCUAUUUAUUUGCCUAUCGAUAUUUCCAAGGAAUGGCUGGAUUAGCCUCCCUAGGAUCAGUUUGUGAUGCUGAGAAGGGAGCUGGUAUCAUUUCAUUUUUUACCUACAGCUUUUCUGAAUAUUCCAUGGUGUUUGCCCAUGAAUUAGGACAUAAUCUUGGCAUGAGACAUGAUGGAAGGCAGUGUGAUUGUGAUCGAUCAGUCUGUAUUAUGACAGAGGUUCUCACAAAUGGUUAUAGAUUUAGCAACUGCAGUCAGAAUGAUUAUUAUAAUAUGAUGAACCAACACUGCCUGUUCUUUCCCCCAGAUCCUGAUAAAGCAUAUAGACGCAGGUACUGUGGAAACAAAAUAGUGGAAGAUGGAGAACAAUGUGACUGUGGUACAAAACAGCAGUGUCAGACAGAUCUAUGUUGUCAACCUGAUUGCAAAUUGCGUAAAGAUGUCAUUUGUGCUUUUGGAGACUGCUGUGUAAAUUGUAACUAUAUUCCAGCUCAGGUUCCGUGCAGAAAAAAUGUUAGUGUCUGCGAUCUCCCUGAGUAUUGCAAUGGAAGUUCACAGUGGUGUCCUGCAGAUGUCUAUGUACAAGAUGGUGCCCCAUGUGGUGAGGGGUUACACUGUUAUCAUGGGAGAUGUAUACUUCCCAAUGAGCAAUGUAAAAUGAUGUUUGGCAUUAGAUCCACAGCUGCUUCAGAAGGUUGCUUCAGAAAUGUGAAUUCUAAAGGUGAUCGUUUUGGCAACUGUGGCUUUAGAAACGGAACAUACAUAAAAUGUAAACAAAGACAUGUCAUGUGUGGCCGAAUGCAGUGUGAAAGAAUCAAUGAUUUGGCGCUUUUGGAGGAGCACACGACAUUAGUUCACACAGACACUGGGAACAGAGAAUGCUGGGGUUUGGACUAUCAUACUGGAAUGAAUUUAACUGAUAUUGGAGACGUGAGAGAUGGCACUCCUUGUGGUCCUGACAGAUUAUGCAUUAAUCAGCAAUGUGAGACAGUAGCUUCUUUAAACUAUGACUGUGAUUUCAAUCAAUGCUUUAACCGGGGAAUAUGCAACAAUCUUAAACAUUGCCAUUGUGAUUAUGGUUGGGCCCCUCCCAAAUGUUUCAAUAAAGGGUUUGGUGGGAGCGUUGACAGUGGUCCUCCUCCUCGACAGAAACGUAGGCUUAUUAUGAGUAGUAAAGCAAAAUUAUUUAGCUAUAUAUUUCUCCCCGUUGUUGCAAUUAUUACUUGUUUUAUUAUUGUUUUUAGGAAUGACUUGAUAUACCUCUAUACAAGAUUGAAAGAAAGGUUACAGGCACGUAGGAAAAAACACGCUGAAAGGUUCCGAAGGCGUAAAGAUUUGACAGCUAUACAGAUGCGAAUGAUGCAAAAUGCAUAAAAUAGAUAUGCAUCAUUACUGUACAAGCAUGUAUUUGAGUGUGUAACACUUUGGUAUUAUUUUUAAGCUAAUAUUUAAUCGAAUCUAUCUCCCAGGCAAAAUGAUUUAUAAAGAUCUUGGCUUCAUGAAAGCAGAAGAAACUCUCUGCUCUAUAUUGCUUUGUAUGCUAUAGCUCAGGCUCCCCCCCCCCCCACCCACCCCCACCCAAUCCACUGGCAUCGGUCCUCUAAAAUGGGAGACUAUAUACUCUGAGCAAAGGCAUUGUUCACAGCAUGAAAAUAAAUGCCACAAAACUUGCAGAAGCAUCUGUAUUGUUUGAAAAAUGCCUGUCCCAUUUCAAAAUUACACCUGGACAGAAGGCAACCAAAUUCCCUAUAUGCUACUAGACAAAAAGUCAUGGCAUAGAAUAUAUUUAUUAUUGGUGGGUGGUGGAUAAUCUUGCGACAUGGCUGAGUGGAAACAACCAGUGCUCAGGCAAUUUUUCUGACACUUCAGCUAUGCUUCUCCAAAAACCCAUUCUACCCAAUAUGUAAAUGUAUCCUGCUCAAUAUUAAGAAAGUCUUAAAAUCCAGGUAGGAACCUGUGAAAACAGACAAACUUCAUAAUGGACCCAGAAUGUACAACAGCACAUUCAUCUAAAGAAGGAAAAUGCAAAAUAGCACAUUCCUGAAGAAGAUUUAGACGUACACUGUCAGCAGUACCAAGCCAAAUGGCCUCACUUCCUUGUUUUCUUCACAUGCCUGUGCUACUCUGUGGCCUGUUAGCUACUAUUGCAUUCACAAAUAACUGAAAUGACAUUUCCCUCUGUCUGUAUUGCUUGAUAUGUAUGGAGGUAGAUGGCCAACUUCAUACCGAGAUCCUUGCUAACUAGAGAGUAAAUAAACUGAAUGAGAAGAUGACAGUGAUCCUGAUGGUACUAAACACUCCAUGUGCAGGGACACAAAGCGGAACGUUUGGCAAUUUCUGUAUGCUGCAGCCAUAUCUCAGAUAAGGUGACAAUGCAGCAAGCAAGACAGACUCUUUGUGACAAUCACUAAACUAGCCGAGCUGCAUAGGGAUGCACCAGCAUUGAUUUGCUUCCCAAGGACUUUAGUUCCAGAUCCUGAAAUCAAUUAGAGACAUUUUAGGUCGAUGGAGGAACUCUUUAGUAGGAGAAGAAGCAGGGGAGGAAGCAAAGGGGUGAGGAUGGUGAAGAGAUGGUAAUAUCAGACUCACUCACUGCAUUGGGAAGGGCAGUACCUGGAUUUUCCCUUGUUCUGUGUCAGCCUUUAAAAGUGUAAAGAUUAGAAAUGUUUAUUGCAACUCAGCUCUGCUAUUUAGUUCAGUGUAAGCUUAUGCUUAUCUUUUUUUAAAAUGAAAUGGUACAAAAUUGAAGCAUAGUUUUGCAGGGUCAUUGUCUGUUUAUCUAAAAACGUUUGUAGAUUAAUCUCCAAUGAAAUAAAUAUCAAAAUAUCAAUUUUUAAAAAUAAAAAUGGAUUUUUUUAAAAAAAAAAGUUUUGAGUGUUUCCCUUCAAGACUCUCAAUGCACCAUAAAUGUCGGAGAAAUGUCAUCGUUUGAUUGGAAAGACUGCAGGAUGAAAUCUAAACUGCACCCAGUGACAGUGAUGGGUAAAAGGGUGGAGCAAAAUGGUGCUCUUCUGGCAACAAAGACAAGUCACAGUAGGGUGGCAUUUUUAUUCCAGAGCCCGGCCAGCUUGUCUGUGUGCAUAUUGGGCUGCUGUUGGGGUGGGGUGGGUACUAGUUUACAGAAUCCUUCCUUAUCUUACAUGCAAAGCUCAGAUAAACAUGCAAUUCACUUUCAACUUCUGUUUUAUUCUUCAUACUUCUUAUCAUUCUUGUUACUCUUCUCUGGACUCACUCCAGCUUGUCUAUAUGCUCCUUAAAAUGAAAGACCCAGAACUGAUCUCAAUAUUCCGGGUGAGGCCUGACCAGUACAGAAUAUAAGGAAGUUGUUACUUCCUUCAACUUGAAAACAAUUAAUGCAGGCUGAGGUAGCUUUGUUUAGAACAAAGCUCAUGUUCAGUUUAUAAUCCACAACUUUUCAUAUAUAGUGCAGCUGAGCCAGGUAUUUUACAUCCUAUAUCUGGGCAUUUUGGUUUUUGUAGCCUAAAUGGAGAAAUUUGCCUGUGUUAAACUUUAUUUUAACUUUAAUUUCAGUCCAGUUUUCUAGCUUUUUUGUGUGUGUCAGGAGCGACUUGAGAAAUUGCAAGUCACUUCUGGUGUGAGAGAAUAGGCUGUCUGCGAGGAUGUUGCCCAGGAAACGCCCAGAUGUUUGAUGUUUUACCAUCUUUGUGGGAGGCUUCUCUCAUGUCCCCACACAGGGAGCUGGAGCUGAUAGAGGGAGCUCACCCACUCUUCCUGGAUUCGAACCGCUGACCUAUUGGUCAGCAGUCCUGCUGGCACAAGGGUUUAACCCAAUGCGCCACCAGGGGCUCAAAGUUUUCUAGUUUAUCAAGGCCCUUUGAAGUUUGUAUCUGUCUUCCAAUGAAUUAGCUACUUCUCCCCAUUUCAUGUCAUCUGCAAAUUUGAUUAUCUAAAUCAUUGAUAAAAAUGUUCCCAGGGCAGAAACCUCCACUUGCAUACUCCUUCCAUACUGAAGUAUAGCCAUUGAUGACAACUGUUCAAGCGUUGCUUUCCAACCCAUUUUAUGGAUCCAUCUGGUGGUAUUUCCAUCUAUUCCAUGUUUAAUCAUCAUCAUCAUCAGCAGCAGCAGCAGCAGCAUUUGCAUAAUGCCCUGUCUCCCCAAAGGGACUCAGGACAGUUUCUAACAUGCAAAGAAUACAUUCAAUUGCCAGAAAGAAACCAUACAGACAAUAAACGAAAUAGACACAUUCAACAAUAUAACACAACAUAAUUACCUUGUUAAAACACACUAAAAGUAAAAAUAAAAUACUUAAAAACUCAUCUCAUUGUAGUUUAGUCAGUCUGCUAAUCAAAAUAUGAUGGGAGACUUUAUUGAAAUUCAGAUAAAUGACAGCCACAGCAUCCUCACUAUCUACCUAAUUAAGGACCCAAUUAAAAAAGAUACAAGAUCAGUUUGAUUGGAAUAUUCUUGACAAAUCCAUGCUAGCUCUUACAAAUUGCUGCAUUGUCAACAGGAUACAUUAAUACCUUGAGUUAAGAGUUUAAUUCAUUUUGUGACCAAGUUCUUAACUGAAAUUACUCUUAUCUCAAAGUAAAAUUCCCAUUAAAAUGCUAUUAAUCCAGUCUGCCCGCCCCCCAAAAAAACCCUCCCAAAUUUUUUUGGUUACAUGUUUUUAAAUAAAAAUGUACUUUAUAAAUUACAAAUACAGUAGAGUCUCACUUAUCCAACAUAAACAGGCCGGCAGAAUGUUGGAUAAGUGAAAAUGUUGGAUAAUAAGGAGGGAUUAAGGAAAAGCCUAUUAAUCGUCAAAUUACAUUGUGAUUUUAUAAAUUAAGCACCAAAACAUAUGUUUUAUAACAAAUCGACAGAAAAAGCAGUUUAAUAACAUUAUGUAGAAAUUACUGUAUUUACGAAUUUAGCACCAAAACAUCACAAUGUAUUGAAAACAUUGACUACAAAAAUAUUGGCUGCUAACAAAUUGACUACAAAUAAAGAUAGAAUUGCAUAAAAUAAAUUUAUAGUAACAACACUGUUGGAAGUUAAAUCCGUAAAAAGUUUAGUCCUUGCUGCCUAGACAAACAGCUAUGAAUCUGGGCGGGAGGCAGACUGUGUUGGAUAAUCCAGAACAUUGGAUAAGCGAAGGUUGGAUAAGCAAGACUCUACUGUACUGUAUAAAAACCCUGCACAUUCACAUGGAACAAAAAAAAUGAAAGAUCAAUUUUAAAAUGAUAAAAGCACAAAGUUGUGGCAAGGAAGCACAUUUGAAGCAACAAAUUGUGUGUUGACGAGUGUAACAAAAAGGCAAAACCUGACAUUCACAUGGAGCAAUAACAAAAGAAACUUCACCUUUAAAAUGGAAGAAGCAAAACGUUGUGGCAAGGAAGCACAAAGUGAAGAGGCGGGCCCCCUCCUGGUGUUGUUAACGCUGCUGGCGAAAGGCCCUUCUGCCUUCUCGCAGGCUAUUUAGUGGAAAGGAGGGCGGGAGGGUGGUGUGCUCUCGCACUAGCAUUAUCUCUCUCACUCGCUUGUACCUCUUGUGCUGUUCCUAGCUCACAAAUGCACAUAAAAUGGUAGUAAGAAAGAGGGAGAAAGUGUCUCUGCUCUCAAUACUUUAUCUAGAUAGGUAAUGCCUGUGAAAGAAUAUUAUUUUCCAUGGCUGCCUGUAGGGAUAAACUUGGCUGUGUCUGAUACACAGAGAUGCAUAGAGAAGAUGUAUAAAGGUUCAAUUUCCUACAAGGCUUAGACAAUAUGCUUGGUAAGAUAAAUUGGAUGAAGAUGCUAAUUUAUGACUCACAUUGAACAUAAGCUAUGUGCCUAGAUGAUGAGAAGUUCAUUCCCAAGGGAAGCAGUGUAAAGACAUAGAGGGGGAGAUACCUGUUUCAAUGCAUGUGUUGAUUCUGAGAAAAUAGCAAAUAUAGUAGAGUCUCACUUAUCCAACACUCGCUUAUCCAACAUUCUGGAUUAUCCAACGCAUUUUUGUAGUCAAUGUUUUCAAUAUAUCAUGAUAUUUUG